CUCUACAAAAUAGAUUCGACCAUGUAUGGAUAUGAAUAAUCUCAGUUAUGGUAAAGAAUGGUUAAAAACGACGUACGGUAAUCAAACUUUGGAGCUGUCCAUUUUUUCGAUUUUAAUCUGCUUUGCAGUGUUUGGUAACAUAUUAACACUACUUGUGGUGCACAAAAGCCGACGUCUUUUGUGGUCCACCAAUAUAUUAGUUGGACAUCUAGCUAUGGCGCAUUUAGUUCUAACUGGGGUAUCCAGCUCUGUUUACAUUUAUUGGAAAGUCAGCAGAUGUCAUUUAAUCAUUUCGAAUAAACUGUACUAUUUUUCAAACUUUUCGAAUUCUGGGAUGUCUGCUAUCCUGUUGGCUUACAUGGCAUUGGACCGUUAUUAUGUUAUAGUUUAUCCAUUGGCUGUUCAUAUGACACGAGAAUAUACGAUAAAGAUUUUAACAAUAGCGUGGCUUCUAGCACUGGCUUUCAGCUGCCCUUUGCUUCACUUUGUCAAGGAUAGGGAAAAUUUCUUUGGAUUAUUUUGUUCUAAGAAUAAAACCUGUUUAGCAUGGAGGACGUAUUUAUGUAUUUAUUUUUUAGUUUUUAUCGUCUCUCCAUUGUUGUGUAUUUCGGUACUGAAUAUAAAGAUAUUUUGGACGAUCUAUCAACGCCAAGAUAACGAAAUACUACCACUAAAUAAAAUAGCACCUGCCAAAGAGCAUCUUCGUAAACUCGGCCGAGGGCCUGUCCCAGCCACCAAACAAAAAUCAGUCAAAAUGCUACUGGUUUUAAAUAUUUAUUUUGCGUUGUCAUGGUUACCGUACUUUACUUAUUUAUUCCGUAUGCUCCAUAACGACUUCACGUAUACUACGUUCAUUGCAAUUGUGUUAAUGUCACUGUCUAAUGCAGGAAUAAGCCCGAUUGUAUACUGGAUUAUGAAUGGAAAUUUUCGUCGUGGAGCGAAGCACAUCUUUAAUUUUCAAUUACAGACAAUGUACACCAUACCUUCGUUUUCACGCAAGGUCCAUCCUCAGGUAUCAUCCCUUGAUUUUGCAUAUAAUGGAAGAAACGCACCGCGUUUGAUCGAAGAAAAGCACCACAUAUGAUAUAAGAAACACGACGCAUAUGACAAAAGAAACGCACCGCAAAUAAUAUCACAUUAAAAUAUAUUUGAGAAGAAUAUUUAUUUUUAGAGAUUAAUAUAAAUUGCGUAUGUAGAGUUGAUAAUCAAGUUUCUUAUUUUUUCUUUUCGUCUUGUUUUUUUGUUUUACAUUCUUCCACUUGAUAACUUCGGCUGUACUGGCAUUCUUUGUAAACUUGAUUCAUUUCUUGCUCUCCUUUUUUACUAAAUAUCUCACUAUGUUAUCCACUGCGAAGAAGAGCAGCCAUUUUCAGUCAUGCGCGUAAGAUUGUACCGUCAUUGUAACAGAAACAUUAUUGUUUUCAUCGUGAUUAUUGUUGUUGUAAUUGUUAUCGGUUACCGUGGGAUUAGCACAAGGCGGUUUUUCAUCAGUUGGUCUGAACACAACAACACUUUCUUGAUCUUCAAAUUUUCUCAUGCAACAGAUCAAACUCCGAACGAACGACAAAGCUGCGUAACUUCCCGCUUGUAUACCGAGAUGAAAUUCUAGUGGUAUUAACUUUUUAAACA